AUGUCUGAUACUGGCCGUAAGGAUUUGUCCAGCAAGGUCUCUGAGGGUGUCACCCCAGAUUCCCAGAAGUCAACCCUCGACAAGACCAAGGAGUCUGUGACCGACGCUGGCGACAAGGUUGCAGGGAGUGUCCAAUCAAGCGACGACAAGAAUCCCGCCCAGAAGGCAUCGGAUACUGCCAGCAGCGGAGAUGACAAGGGAAUUGUGGACAAGGCCAAGGAGGCCGUCGGCUUGAAAUAG